AUGGCAAAUCAAGAAUCACACAAGCUUACUCUGUUUCGUGGUAGCGGAGAUCUCGGCCUCUUCGUCUGGUCUCCUUUCGUUACCAAACUCGAAUUUCGUCUGCGCAUCUCUAAUACACACUAUGUUCCUGCCGCCGGAAGCCCUCCCAAUGGGCCUAGAAAAAAGAUUCCUUAUCUGGACCUCACUGCAUCUGAUGGAAGCGUCGUUCAUCUCUCCGACACCACCUGGAUAACCAGGGAUUUAAUCAAAAGAGGCGUGCUCCCAGACAUCAACGCAAAAUUGAGUCCUACACAAAGCGCCAUUGAUACCGCUGUUCGGAUCAUGUUGGAAGAGAAGCUAUUCUUUCUGCAAUCCCACGAGCGCUGGGUUUUGAAUUUUGAAACCAUGCGGGACAAGGUAUUCAGCCAGGUGCCUUUGCCCCAGCGCGAUGUUGUGGGCGAGAAGACCAAGAACGAAAUUAUACAGAAGCUGGAUCUCCAAGGCACCGGCCGAUUCACCGAUGCCGAGCGGUGGGAGAGCAUUGAGGAAAUCUGGACGGCGAUCGAUGGGCUGCUACAAGAGUCAAAGGCGAAAGCCGGUGAUGGGGAGUGCUUCUGGAUUCUAGGAGGAUCGGAGCCUACGGAGGCUGAUGCAACGGUUUUUGGCUACUCGGUCAGCUCGCAGGCGUGCAAAUCGGGUCCCAAGAGUGCGCAACUUGUGAAGACGAAAUUCCCGGUCGUGUUGGAGUAUGCUAGGCGCAUCCAGCAGAAGUACUUCGCGGACUAUGCACCUUUCGAUGCACCUACAACUAAAUUCACCCCGCCACAUACUUUGACCGUCGCUACCACAAUCACUCAACCACCACUACUUCUAUUCUGGAACCAAAUCACCACAUUCCAUCCAUCCGCAAUGAAACUUCACUUCACCCUCCUCGUAACGGCCCUCACGGCCCUCGUUUCUGCGUCCGGAGCGGCCAAACACGUUGAGCCGGCUCUCGCCCCGCGCGACAAACGCUGCGACAAGAAAUGCAACGGGGAAUGGGAGAAGUGCAUCAGGGUGCGUACUGAUUUCCGCUGUUCAUGGCGCGAAAGGCAAGAGAAGAAAGACGAGUGCUGA